UAUUUUGUAUUUUGUGACAUAAAAAUGUAAUAGACCGAACCCUUAAGUCUAAAGUAGUGGUUCAUUAGCAUAAUUUUUCUUGAUCUACAGUGACGCUGUGUUCGGGGGAGUUCACGCAGUAAUCUGCACAGGACUUCUUGAGUGAGUCUGACUUGAAAACAGGCUUUGCUGCAUUUAAUAUUCAAACGGAACAUACCCAUUUCUUUAGCAUUAGAUAAGUGCUGUCCUGAGAGCUGACAGCGCGUAUCUCCCUGACCAGGCGCCCCACAUUAUCUUAAAGCUGGCGAUCCAAAUCGAGAAAAAAAAAAAAAAAACAUUUCUUCGGUUUCUUUAGUAGCUGUGCUACCAUCUUGCCUUCCUUUUUUUGUCGAGGACUUCAGCAAGAGCACGCAUUGUCGGUUGCAACCCUCAGCAAAAGUUUUCAGGAUCUCCUGGUUUAUCGAUUUUGUUGCUGAAUGAAAAAAUAUUACGUUGUGUUCUGCAUUUGUCGUCAGAGGCUAAGGUCUCCCCGAAGAGGCCAUUGGAGGAAAGGUGUCACGUGACAGAGUGGUGCCAAUGUUAUUCUAUAAGGGUGUCAAGACCCUGUCAGUUUGUGAAAUAAAUAUUGGGAAACAACGAGAUGCAAAAGGCCACUUACUACGACAGCUCUGCAAUAUAUAGUGGCUACCCUUAUCAAGGAGCUAAUGGUUUCAGUUAUAAUGCCAAUCAGCAGCAAUAUCCCACCGCAUCUCAUGUGGAAAGUGGCUACCAUCGACCCGCUUGCUCUCUGCAGUCACCUGCCACUCCCAUUCCCCAUCAUAAACCCAAUGAUAUCACAGAAAUCUGCAUGCGGACCAGUGGUAACCAGGCCAGCCAACCAACGAUUAUUCCAGAAAAACAGCAACAGCAGCAGCAACCUGCACCCCAAGCUGCUCCACCGCCCCCACCCCCUUCUGCCUCACCACCCCAGAACACCAGCAACAGCACAAGCAAGAACCCCACGCAUACUUCACCGAAUGCUGCCACAAACAAACACAUUUUCCCUUGGAUGAAGGACAGCCGUCACAAUUCGAAGCAGAAAAACAGUAGUUCCAGUUCAGCUGAAAGUUGUGCUGGUGAUAAAAGUCCCCCUGGUUCGGCUGCUUCAAAGAGAGCCCGUACUGCAUACACAAGCGCACAGCUGGUGGAGCUGGAAAAAGAGUUUCACUUUAACCGCUACCUUUGCAGGCCAAGGAGAGUCGAAAUGGCCAACUUGCUAAACCUCACAGAAAGACAAAUCAAAAUCUGGUUUCAGAACCGCAGGAUGAAGUACAAAAAGGAUCAGAAGGGGAAGGGGAUGAUGCCGUCCCCUGGGGGCCAGUCCCCUGGGAGUCCUGUGCACCAGUCUUCCACGGGAGGAUAUCUCAACUCUAUGCAUUCGCUAGUAAACAGUGUACCAUAUGAACCACAGUCGCCAACGGCUUACAGCAAACCUCAUCUCAAUGCAUAUGCUCUCUCCACAUCAUAUCCACCGCCUCUGAAUAGCUCUCUUAAUAGUUGCCAGCCUCCACAGAAGAGGUACACUGGGGCAAACACUGUUACGCCUGAAUAUGACACGCACCCUCUUCAAGGCAAUGGUGGCUAUGGGACUCCUCAUUUGCAGGGAAGCCCAGUAUAUGUUGGAGGCAAUUAUAUUGAUGCCAUGGCUAAUUCUGGACCUUCCAUUUUUGGUUUGACACACCUCCCUCACCCAUCUGGCAACAUGGACUACAAUGGCACUGGCACCGUACCUAGCAACCAUCACCAUGGACCUUGUGACCCUCACCCAACAUAUACCGAUCUCUCUUCUCAUCAUUCGUCUCAGGGAAGGAUUCAGGAAGCGCCCAAAUUGAUGCAUCUGUAAUGGGCCAGUUAGCUGUGGGGAGAUAUCCUCUCAUCUUAUUCAUUACCUUACCUCUGAACCCUCACUGUUUUUAUUAACUAGCCUAUCUACAUUUAUAGUUUAUGUGUGGAUGCAGCAGCAAUACUUUCUUGCUUGACUUUCUCUAUAGCUUUGUUCGUGUUAACAAUUUCCUUGUUUAUUUUCUAUGCUUUUAUCAAAACAGGGUAUUUGAACACAUUUUUCUAAAAUGUAUAAAUGUAAAUUUGUUAUUGCUUUAUUGAUCCAAUUGGAAGAAUAAUUCUGUUGCACUUCCUGAGUUUUAAAAACUGGCUAUAGGACGCAUGAACAGGGGUUCAAUAUCAGCAGGGGAAGCAAGCCUUCCAGAGUGUGUAUUCCAAUGGAGAUUCACAUUUAUUUAUUUGUUCUUCAGAAAUAGACUAUCCAAAAUGUAUUAUUUACCCCCAUUCUGCUCAUAUUUAUAAAGAAAUGGUACAAUUCAUAUUCUAGUUAGCCUCUUUGGCCUUGUUCUGAACACAUGAUGAAUAUAAGACACCAUUCCCCAAAUACAUGUCAAAGAGAAACGUUUUAGUGGUGUUUGAACAAUGACAAUGCAAUAAGAUCAAAGACAAUAAACAAUUCAGAAAUAAUAACCAGUAAAAUGUUUGAUAUGGAACAUUCAAAUUUCUUUUUCAUUGUCAUACAUUCCAUGCUAUGGAAAUAAAUCUGACAAAUAAAUGA